AUGUCUGGAGUCCACUUCCUCGUCCUCCUCUUUCACGCCUCCCGAGAGAGCGUGAAGGGCGUGAUCAUCCAAGGAAAGUAUUAUGAUCUGCUGCCUGAAGUCACGAAUGCAAGCAUCCUCUCUCCACUCAAGGAAGCGUCUGUCGAGCGCCCUCUGCUAUGUGCAGCCCUUUGCAAGCGGUACGCUCGCACCCUCGGUGCCCCAGUCCGCAUUCCUGCGUCCGCAUUCUUGAGUCCUGCAUUUGAUUUUCGGUCGAUUCUUCUCGAUUCUGAAAGGGAUCCCGUGUGUUCCAUCUACACCGUGGGAAUGGAAGGAGGAGACGAGCUCACGUGUCGGCUCGGAGGUCCGAACUCUCAGGUCGGAGCAGCCGUUGGAACCACCUCGAAGCUCUAUCUCAACAGUGCCCGCGUUCCGCAAGACUACGUCUUCGGCAUGGUGACGAGCGGGAAGAUCUACUUCCUGAAGAAAUUGCUGGCGAACUACAACUAUACGAACGCUAAGGCUGCCUGCGAGGCCGGCGGUGGGCAGCUGGCCAUGGACAACAGAGGCGAUGAUUGGCACAACUACAUCAAAGCGUACAUUACGGUGCACUAUUGGAUCGGAGGGGACGAUUUGAACCCGAGCCUGAUUUACACAUGGCGAGACGGCAGUUUGAUGUCGCAACCUAAGUCUUAUUGGUGUACCUCUCAGCCGGAUCGACACAACCAUUGCGCUUCGAUGAGAGGAGCCCCGGCGAACACCACGGACACCAGCCAACUCUGCUGGGACGACGUGGCGUGCGCCUCGCAGAUUCCGUCGCUGUGCGAGAUUGGCAUUCCUUGA